CUACUUUUCAGAUUGAUCGUAAAUUCAAGAUGGCAUCCUCCAAGAAGAAACGUGUAAAUGAGAGUCUGGCAAGUCGUGAUGAAGAUGUCGAGGCUGGAGAAGAUGAACUAGACGAUGACGACCUAGAAUCUGAUGAUGAAGAUGACGAUGAUGAAUUUAUAGAUCAAGAGGUUCAAGUGGAGUUUGAGGCUCGGAUGCCAAUUGAUUCAGAUUUUCAUGGUAUAAAGACUCUACUUCAACAGUUGUUCCUGAAAGCCAACAUCAACCUGUCUGAGUUGACAGACACAAUCAUCGCCCAGAACUACGUAGGCAGUGUCAUCAAGUGUGACUCUCCGGAGGAGGAGGAUGAAGAGGAGGAUGACGAUGACCCCGUGUUCGGUAUCUUCACCGUCAUCAACCUCACAGACAAGAAGGACCGGGAGAGUGUUCAGCAGAUCACAGGCAUGUUGUCAGAGAAAUGUCAGACAGCAGGUCAGGUGGACAUGUCAAAGUUCUCUCUCCUGCUAAACGAUCCAGACAGCCAUCUUGGGUUGCUCGUGAGUGAGCGCUUCAUCAACAUACCACCACAGAUUGCUGUGCCAUCAUUUGAGUCACUCAAGAAGGACCUUCAGAAAGCCGUCAACAAGAAGAUGAACUUCAAAUUCGCCAACUUCCUUAUGAUCAGCAAGACAUAUCGGAUGAAAGUUCCGGGGGAGAAAUCUGGUGCCAAGGACGACCUGCUCUUCAGCAACUCGGAGGAGGAACUUAUAUAUGAGGUCUGUGACUCGCACUUCACCUACUCCGUGGCAAGUGAGCGGGACUCCGUGGUCACCGGACAGUGGGACGACGAGGACGAUAUGGAGGCUCUACGUACAGUCAUGACUUUCUCAGCAGAUAAACUCGACCUGAUAAUCGACAGACUAAAGACAGAGCUGUCAAACACUUGAAUAAACUGUUGAAACCUGA